AUGUAUCUGCAUUGGGGUGUUUCGUGCUUUAAGAGAUUAAUGAUGCUACUUGCCAAUCUUUCUCUGGCAUCAAUUUCAGUUCUUUCAUUUCAAGUCAUGCUUCACUUAAGACAAGGCAAUGUGACCUUCAAUACACAAGAAAACCCCAUAAAGCAGGUUCAUCUUGAAGAAAAAGAGUUUCGUUGA